GCUUAUUUAUGAGAAAUUUGCGCUAAGCAUAAAGUGAAAUUUCCUACACAAGCAAGCAGCAGGCAUAGGAACACAACAACAGUACAUAGGUAAAAAACAAUCGAGGAGGGUGCAGUGCAGGAAACUCCCUUCCAUAAAAUCCGUUCUCUUGUUCCCUAACAACUCUCAACCUCACUCUCUCAUCUCAUCUGCGACCAACAGGUUAGUAGCUGAUUCGAUCUGCCAGAAUCCUUUCAGAUCUGACCUUCCACCACCGGAGUCCGAUUCCCCGGAGUUUCAUUCACCCGUUGGAUCGGAUUCUCUUUUACCCACAAACCCAUUUCACUUCCUUUGUCUAGCUUCAAGUUUUAGGAUUUCAUUUGGAAUUUUGAAGUUGGAAGAGCUUUGUAGCAAUUCUCAAAUAUGGGAAGCCAAAACGCAGCAGCAUUUUUUGAUUAUAAAUCUGCCAAGGUUUUUGUUUCCGGUCAUCGAGGUCUUGUUGGUUCGGCCAUUGUUCGCAAGCUGACUCAACUCGGGUUCACAAAUCUAAUCUUGAGAACUCAUACGGAGCUUGAUCUCACUCGACAAUCUGAUGUUGAAGCCUUCUUUGCAUCCACGAAGCCUGAGUUUGUCAUUGUAGCUGCUGCCAAAGUUGGUGGUAUCCAUGCCAACAACACCUAUCCUGCUGAUUUCAUUGCCAUCAACCUCCAGAUCCAGACCAAUGUCAUUGAUUCUGCUUAUCGCAAUGGUGCUAAAAAGCUUUUGUUUUUGGGUUCCUCUUGCAUUUACCCUAAAUUUGCACCUCAACCAAUCCCUGAAGAUGCUUUGCUUACUGGCCCCUUAGAGCCCACAAAUGAAUGGUAUGCCAUUGCCAAGAUUGCCGGGAUCAAAAUGUGUCAAGCAUACAGAAUUCAGCACAAGUGGGAUGCAAUUUCAGGGAUGCCGACCAACUUAUACGGACCAAAUGAUAAUUUCCAUCCCGAAAAUUCACACGUUUUGCCUGCUUUGAUGAGGAGGUUUCAUGAGGCAAAGGUCAACGGUGCAAAGGAGGUAGUGGUGUGGGGUACGGGGAGUCCACUGAGGGAGUUUUUGCACGUUGACGAUUUGGCAGAUGCAGUUGUCUUUAUGAUGGAAAAGUACAGUGGAGUUGAGCAUUUGAAUGUAGGGAGUGGAAAGGAGGUUACAAUUAAGGAAUUGGCUGAGUCAAUGAAGGAAGUUGUGGGUUUUGAAGGCGAUCUCGUUUGGGAUAGUACUAAGCCCGAUGGGACACCAAGAAAGCUGAUGGAUAGCUCAAAACUUGCAGCCCUUGGUUGGACACCGAAAGUCUCACUUAAGGAUGGGCUUGUUGAUACCUAUAAGUGGUACUUAGAGAAUGUCAAGCAAUGAUUCUUCUGGUUAUAAGCAGAAUGUGCCAUAUCAAGUUUUAUAUAGGUUUUGCCAUUUCACUAAGAUGAGUUAUUUUUAUUAAAUAAUUAUCCAGUUACAGUUAUGAUCCAUUUUUCUGUACUAAUUAUGUGGGAUGAAUACUUGAGUGCUAUUUUGUUUAUUUAUCUUGUUCAAGAUAUCAUGGUAAUGAAGAUCCAUUGUUAAAGACCAUGAACAGAAGUUAGUUCAUGUUCAUAUGGUUUGUUUUAAAAGUUUAUGCCGAUUAGCAGUUUUUUUAGUGUUCUCUUCCACCAAGUUA